AUGGCCCCGUCCAACUCGUUGGUCGACCCGGCCAUCACCGGCUCUGAGGCCUCCACGGCCAUGCAUUCCCCACACCCGCAUGGCGCACAAGACCGCGACGCAACAGAAGACGCCACCUCCUCGUCAGAAGCGGACGAUGCAUUGUUCGUGUCGCCGGCCAAUGCAUCGAACUCGGCCUCCGCGUACGCAGCGUCGGCUGCCGCGUCCGUCGCUGCGGCGGCGGCGGCGGCUGCGGCUAACACCCCCGGCGUACAUCACCACGUCUCGACCGCAUCCCCGAGCGCGUCUCCAGCACCAGCCGCGCCUCUAGGCGGCGCAUCUGCCUCUCCGAGACCGUCGCCAGCCGCUUCGGCAGCCUCCCAUGUGGCCUCGCCUGAUGCAGCCUCUAUACCCGCGGCGCAUGUCCAAAAGUACAACCCCGCCGUCCACAGCCACCUCGUCCUCUACCUCGCUGCCCUCCACGGCGCACGCAUCACAUCCGACAACCUCUCCGGCAGCUUUGCGCCGCCUUUGAACCACGAGAAGCUGCUCGACUGGUGGCGCGACCGGCUGACCACCUCGGCCGUCUUUUUGCUGCUGCGGUCGUCGCCCGUGUCGUCUUCGUCGGCAGCACCAGCCAAAGCGGCCGGACCGGACCUGGUGGGCGUCAUCAUGCUGCGCAGCCACCCGGCCGAGACGAGCCCGCACGUGGCGUCGGUGGAGCUGCUGCUGGUGAAUCUGCAGUACCGGCAACUGGGCGGCGAGCGGCAGCUGCUGCAGACGGUCGAGCGGCAGGCCCUGCUGGAGGGGCGGACGCUGCUGACCGCCGAGGCCGAGAGCAAGUCAAACACGGCAUCCAUGUACUCGGCGCUGGGCUUCACGGAAGUGGGCCAGAUUCCGGGAAUGGUGCUGCGGCCGUCGACGGGCGAGAAGCGGGCACAGUCCAUCUUUUACAAGGACCUAUUACGAGCCUACCAGCAAGAGCAGGGGCAACCAUAA